AAAAUACUUUUUAAACUGAAGUCAUUCCUAACAAAAUACUACAAGGAUUACAAUGAGGGGGUGCUCGAUAGCAAUCGUGGCGGCUCUUGCCUUGGUCGGAACAAUGGACGCGUAUACUGGCUAUGGGUUUAGUGGACCAAACAACUAUAAUAGGGACGCACUGUUAAUAGACACUGAUGCACCCAAAGAAGCGAAACCAACAUGCGAAGUUUUGAGCAGUUUCUACACAGUGGCGUCGAGAGAAAUGCCUUCGUCUGCUUGUUUGCCACUUGUCGUACUAACACAAAUUGAGUGCAAACAUACCAUGAGGAGUUGUGACCAAUGUAGUAGCAACGAUAAGAAUGCCACGAUUCCUGUGUGUAUCCAGACGUAUGGGAACCAUUGGAUACCACUUUUCUGCACGGGUGGUAUACGUUGGACAUUCGUACGUGUCCCAUCCGGAUGUAGCUGUUACAAAGAUGUUAAGAAAAAGAAAUAAAUAGAGCUUGCAUAUACUAGGA